AUGAACUGCGUCAAAUUGAAGGAGCUCUCAGUGCAGGAUCGCAACAAAUUCAUAAAAGAUAAUCACUACUCUCGAAUAGACAUAGUAUUAGGAAGUGAUGUCAUCCCCCAAGUGCUACUUCCAGGCCUAAAAACCAAUGUCGGUGGAAGUUUAAUAGCGCAAAAUUCAAUAUUUGGGUGGAUUUUGAGUGGCCCAGUAACAGAGCACGUCUCAUCAUUCACGACCCAGGUAAUUGAGAACUCGACAGACACUCUGAACGAUCUACUCAAGAAGUUCUGGGAACAGGAGGAAGUACCAUCAACCCCGACUCUCACCGACGACGACGUAUUUUGCGAAAACCCCUACGAAAGGUCCACAGUUCGCAGAGAUGACGGUCGUUAUGUAGUAAAACUCCCCUUCAAAACUAUCUUCCCAGACACGAUUGCACUUGGACACUCAAGACCUGCAGCUCAACAACAGUACCUCAGUAUCGAGCGGAGCAUCGAAAGAAAACCUGAACUGCAGCGAACGUACACCAAAUUCUUGGAAGAGUAUCUGACCCUAGAUCACAUGGAACCCACAGCGUCGCAAGAGAUUAUACGUGAUGGGAA